AUUUGAAAGAAAAUAACUACAUCUGACAGGGUAUAUAUAUAUAUUUCACAUACGAUGUUUUCUCGAUACACUAUCCUGCAGUGCAAUAUUAAGAUGUCGAUGUAAAUUACGUAAUACGAGACUUUACGAGAUUUUAUAAUUGCGAUGUGUCGUAAAUGCGGAAGAAUUUGGAUAUAUAGUUUUAUAUAAAGUUUUGUUAAACGGAGUUUUGGGACAUUUUAUUUACAGAAUAUCUGAUGAGCGUUUACAGAGCAUGCUCGAAUGGAGCCUGUCAAACCCAGAACUUAUUUAAGACCGACUGGAAAGUCUAGAGAAAAAUGGCGGGGACGUCAGAAUAUUGAAGAAAGAAAAUCCUAUGUAGAAGAAGUAAACAAUGCUAAUGGGAAUGAAGAUAAACAAGACGAGUCAGAUAGAGGACGGCAAGAUUGGUCAAGUAAAGGAGCAAGGCCAAAAUCGGUAAAUGCCAAGAAAUUUCAGUCAGAAAAGUCACCUGCCUUUGCAUCAAAUAGAAGAAACUCACACAGUGCACAUCGGCCACACUCAGCAGUUUUAAGGAAUGAAAAGACAAAUAGAAUAGGAGGUGAAGAUCAAUAUACAUGCAAGAGACAAGAGAACGAUAGAUUUCCAAAAAGAUUUCAUAGCAUUACAAAUGCAAACAAAGACAAUUUUGAUAUCAGAAGGACGGGAUCAGAAAGUCAGUUGAACUUUAAUUAUCGUGACAAAACAGAUGAAGUUAGUGGCAGAAGAUAUAAUGGAAGAGUGAGUACCGCUGAAUCGCAAAUACAAUCAAAAAGAAACAAUUACAAUGCUGACAGGAAAGACAAAGAAGUUCAUACCGGUAGGAAAAUUGUAUUAGGAUUUCCAUUUCUGAAAAAUUUAAUAGGGAAUGACCCUGGAUAUAUUGUAUUAGAGUUAACAAAAAACAAAACUGCUUUAAAAGAAUGCUUAAAAAGAACAUCUGAAAACCAAGAAUUUCUUGAAGUUUUCCUUCAAGCUCUUUCCAAGGCUUACUUAUGCAGAACGACACCUGGGCUUAUGAUUGAAUUGUUUGAAACAUUGAAAGAUGCAAGUUUUUUCGACAGCGUCGUAUUUCUGCUUAUUGACAUAUUGGGGAAGGGACUCAAACUAGAAAGCACGACAGAACAAAUGAUAAAGAAUAUCAUACAAAUUAUAACUAUUCAACUUACACGAAAUCCAUCCUCCCUAUUUGUUGUUUCAAGAGCUUGUACCUUACUAGGUCAAAUCAUUGACGGUAUGUCAAAGGAGACCUUUGCUAAUAAAGAAAUAGUAUCAAUGUUUCAAGAUCUGGCAGGCCAAAAGGAGACGCUAGAAAAGGAGCAGAAGACUUCGUCUGGACUAAAAUCGAGUAGAAAGCCCCCGGAUGAUUAUAGACAGUAUUCAGUAGCUCCAAGCAUCUCAGAAAUUACAAGUAGCGACAGGCCAUUUCUCAGACAGAACAAGGUUGAAGGCGAAUACGACGAUCUUGACCAUUAUCUAGACGUACAGUUCCGCUUGUUACGGGAAGAUUUUGUUGGGCCUUUACGAGAAGGGAUUACAGAGUAUAUAAAAAUAAAAACGAUAAAACAGGACGGCAACGACAAUAAAUCGAUAAGAAAGCUGGACAUUAAAAUUUAUGAAAAUGUAUCUGUUUACACACCAGUUAUAACAGAAUAUGGACUAUGCUACAAAAUGCAAUUGGAAAUGACUAAUUUUAUAAGACGUGUUAACUGGUCAGUUAGUAGGAGAUUGAUGUAUGGAUCACUAGUAUGUCUAACAGACAAUGAAUUCAAUACAUUUUACCUAGCAACAGUAGUAGGAAGAGAUGAAAUGGAUAUAACAAAUGGAUAUUUCAUUGUACAUUUUGAAGAGGACGUAAGUGUGCAUGAUGUUCUUCACAAAGUGUUCCAAAUGGCAGAAACUUCAGCCUACUUCGAAUCGUACAGACAUGUUCUCUCAAGUCUUCAAACGAUAAGGGAAGGCGAUCUUCCAUUUGAAAAGUACAUUGUACAUUGCAACAGAAAUAUUGAUCCUCCUUUGUAUCUUAAGUCAGUCAAAACGCUUGAUUUACGCCCAUUAAUUGAUCAACAUAUCACAUUGCAUAGUGAAAACCGACUUCAAAACAUAGGUACACAAAUCCGAGCUGGGGUAAGUCAUCAGUUUACUGCAAAAUCGUUCAAAGCUAAAUCUGUCAAUGUCCUUGACAAGAACAGUUGGCCAUCAAAAGAACUCCUUCAUCUAGAUGAAUCCCAAUAUGAAGCGGUACAAACAGCAUUGACAAGUGAAUUUUCCAUAAUUCAAGGGCCACCUGGAACAGGGAAGACCUAUAUCGGUUUAAAGAUUGUAAAAGCAUUAUUACACAACAGAUCGACAUGGUUAGGAUCUGAAAAUCAAUUAAGACCUAUGUUAGUAGUGUGUUUUACAAACCAUGCCCUCGAUCAAUUCCUUGAGGGGAUAGCAGCUUUCUUCAAAGGUGAUAUAUUAAGAGUGGGUGGAAGAAGUGAAAGUGAAACAUUAAGAAAGUUCAAUCUUAAACACUACCGUCAAUUCCAUCAAUCGGUGAAAAGUCACCUUGGUAAACUACAAAUGUCGAAAAAACAGGCAAAACAAGAACUUGAAGAACAGUCAGAAAAACUUGAAGAAACAGCAAUAACUAUAGAACUCUACCGUUCAGAGGUAAUAGGAGAAAAUCAUUUAAGGGAACAGAUGGGAAUCAUGCUGUAUAACAGUCUUAUCAACAACUAUAGAGGAAAUAUCUACGGUAAACAUUUUUCCUACAUUAAAAAAUGGUUAGGCAUAAAACACAUUGAAGGAAUUGCAUGGCAGCAAGCCGAGCAAGCUUUUGUAAGAAAAGAGGACAAUUAUGUGAACAUUGAAGACAAUACCAAACAGAGACAAAAACACAUGAUAACCGACUUUGAUAACGAAGAUGGAUACAGUAUGAAACAAAAAGAAAGUUUUCAGUUGAAACAAAUUCGACAUCGAAUAGGAAUUGUGUAUUAUGUGAAAGAUAAGAUGGAGACAGAACAAAAAACAACUGAUGAAGAAAGGAAACAUACGCUAUUUAAAAGAUUCCUUAAAGUAUUGGUCAUGCGAAAAAUAUCUGAUGUUGAUGUUAUGAGUGAAGAAGAAGCAGAGAGAAUCAAUGAUGUUUGGCGUCUUGACCAUAACACAAAAUGGCGCCUUUAUAGGUUGUGGGUACAAAAGUUAUGCUUGUCUAAAUACGACGAAAUUGAAGCAAGGCGUGCUCAAUUCGAAUUAGCAUCAGAGCGCUAUCGUGAAGCUAUGAUGCAGGAAGAUAGGGAAAUUAUGAGUAAAGCCUCCGUAAUUGGAAUGACAACGUCUUGUGCUGCAAGGUAUCAGGCAGUACUCCGUGAUAUAAGUCCCCGUAUUGUCAUUGUCGAGGAAGCUGCAGAAGUACUAGAGGCUCAUAUUGUUACUACAUUAAGCAAAAGUUGUGAGCAUCUUAUACUCAUCGGAGACCACAAACAGUUAAGACCUAAUCCUAAUGUAUACCGGCUAGCAAUUAGAUACAAACUUGACGUGUCGUUGUUUGAAAGGAUGAUAAAGAAUAACAUGACAUUUAAUUGCUUGAAGCUGCAACAUCGUAUGAGGCCAUCAAUUUCCAGCUUAGUAAAACAUAUAUAUCCAGAUUUAUCAGAUCACUCGAGCGUGACCUCAUACCCGGAUAUAAAAGGUGUUUCUGCAAAUCUUUUUCUCGUCGAUCAUGAAAAUGAAGAAAAAACAGAUGACGAUAUCAGAAGCUAUUCAAAUGUCUAUGAAGCUCAAUACGUAGCAGAGCUUUGCCGGUAUCUUCUACUACAAGGCUAUGAAAGACAUGAAAUAACAAUUCUUACAACAUAUACUGGUCAACUGAUGUGUAUCCGAAAAUGUAUGCCUAAGGAUCAGUUUAACGGCGUGAAAGUCACCGUUGUUGAUAAUUACCAAGGGGAAGAAAACAAAAUUAUCAUACUUUCCCUCGUCCGAAGCAACAAAAAUGAAAAGAUUGGAUUUUUGAAAACAGAAAAUAGAAUAUGUGUCGCUCUUUCACGAGCAAAAUAUGGUUUCUACAUUUUAGGUAACUUUUCCCACCUCGCCACGCACUCAACACUCUGGAAAGAAAUAACUGAAGAAAUGAAAACAAAAGGAUGGAUUGAAAAUGGUCUUAAGCUCUACUGCCAGAACCAUCCACGAGAUGAUGCUAUUAUUGCAGUGAAACCAGAUGAUUUUAGAAAGGCUCCAGAGGGUGGAUGCCAAAAAUAUUGUGAUAUCCGUCUAAAAUGUGGCCAUGUUUGUAAAAGAUACUGCCAUGUCCUUGAUCGACAACAUGAAACAAACCAAUGCAAAGAGCCGUGUACAAGGGUACUUUGUGAACUAGGUCAUAAAUGCCCACAAAAAUGUUUCGAUAAAUGCAGACCAUGCACAGUACCAUUACAGAAGUUUAUUCCAAAAUGUGGUCACCAGCAAACAAUUCCUUGUUCAGUUGAACCAGAAAAAUAUAAGUGUAAAGCUCCAUGUGAAACAAAACUGGAAUGUGGUCACCAAUGUGCAAACGAAUGUGGCAAACUGCACACAAAGCAUUGCCAGGUCAAAAUUGAUAUCUCAUUCCCCUGUGGUCAUAACGCCAGUAUUUGUUGUGCAGACAAGAAAACCGCAAAGUGCCAACAUUCUUGCGGGGCUAUUCUGAAAUGCGAACAUAUUUGCAAUGGGACUUGUAGCACUUGCUUCAUGGGGAAAGUUCAUCAGCCAUGUCAUCACAAAUGCAAUAGGAUUCUUGUCUGUGGACAUGCUUGUAACGAUUUUUGCAAACACUGUCCUCCAUGUAAAGCUCACUGCGAAAAUCGAUGCGUACACAGCAAAUGUGACAAAUCUUGCGGUGAACCUUGUAUACCUUGCAAAGAGAUAUGCUCAUGGAACUGUAAACAUUUCACUUGUACCAAACUUUGUAGUGAACCUUGUAAUCGACCAAAAUGUAACAAGGCUUGUAACAAACGUCUGAAAUGCAAGCACAGUUGCAUUGGGUUUUGUGGGGAGCCUUGUCCAACACUCUGUAAAGUUUGUGAUAAAGAAAAAGUCACAGAAAUUAUAUUUGGCAAUGAAGAUCACAAAAAUGCAAGAUUCGUUUUGCUUGAAGACUGCAUGCAUGUCAUAGAGUCAAGGGCUUUGGACAAGUAUAUGCAUAUGAGAGAUAAAGCAAACCCAAUUCAGUUGAAAGGUUGCCCGAUAUGUAAAACUACCAUUCGCAAAUGUUUACGGUACGGUAAUCUAAUAAAUCAAAUUUUGGAAGAUAUUGAAAGGGUAAAGGGACAAAUGAUAGGUGACACUGGAAUUAUUGAUAGAGUGUCUCAUCAAAUACUUCGAAAUCCAAUUAUCAGCGGUAAUGUUGUCGACAGACAUCGACUAGGUAAUGUAAGGAUUCCAGCAAUUAGAUCUAUGAAGGAGAAAAUUUCCAACGCCUACUCAGAGCGAAUUCAAAGUGCAUUUGAAGCACGCUUGAAGAUUUUGAUGAACGGAAACUUUUACACAGAAACGCAGUUACUGUCAGUGGAAAAUCAACACCGUUUAGUUAAAGCAGCAGUAGAUAUAAGAUACCGCUUCAAAACAAACAUUGAAAAAACAACUGUAGACGAGAGGCAUCUUCUAACGCUUGAAGGAUUAGGAAUAACAGAGGUAGAGAGACUACAGAUUAUUAAGGCCGUUGGAUUGCCUAAGGGACAUUGGUUCAAAUGUCCAAAAAAUCAUAUAUAUGCGAUCGGGGAAUGUGGUGGAGCCAGUCAAAGGAGCACGUGUCCAGAAUGUAAAUCAGACAUCGGCGGUAUGAGUAAUAAACUAGCAGACGGCAAUAAACUAGCACCGGAAAUGGAUGGCGCUGCUUUCGCUGCUUACUCAGAAGAAGCAAACAAUAUGGGAAAUUUUGAUUUGAACAAUCUUCAUUAACUGCAAUUUUGCAUUUUAAUCCACACUAUCCAACGUUGUGGGAAAGGUUGGCAUGACAUGCAGUUGAAAAGUAAAUGCUGCUUAGAACAUAUCGUAAUUUUUACUGUAUAUAAUUUCUACAUUUUUAAUGAGUUAGCAGUUGUGAUGUAAAAUGCCUUUUUUCUAGAUUUUAUUUGGAUACGUAACAAACUACUGAUACAUGACCAUGUUUUAAAAGGUCCUGUCCACCAGUCAAAUUUGUCGAUUUUCAAUUUAUUAUUGAAAUUAGGUUUCUUUUUCUUUUCGUAUUUUGGACAAGAUCGAAAAUUUUGCAGUUUAUAGAUUUUUCAAACUUUUUUAACGUUGAUUUUAAAUUGUUACUCUGUGAUGGUCUAUUCAAUUACAAAGAUAAAGUGACACGAUUUAAAUGUUAUUGAAAAAUGAAAAGAAGUUAAAAAGAAAAAUAACAUCAUUGCUGUAUAUUAGUGAUAAACUGUGCAAUUGAAUACUACAAGAAUGAUUACAGAAAUCUAGUGUUGCAUGCAUUUUGAUUGGUUUAUCAAAAUUAUUUAAAAAAAACACGCACGCA